UAAAUCCGUAAUAAAUAAACACAGAAAUGAUCGAUUUCGAACAGGCAAUUACUAAAUAAUGUAUAAUCAAGUGCAGUUUUUAACGUACAAAAUUUAGUGGGUAGAACCACGAAAACUAUUUCUAUUGUUGAAGCCACCUUGAGUUUAUUUUUAUGCUAAUAAGUGAGAUGAAAAUAUGGAUGUGUUACCUGUAUUGGCCUCUUCUGCCUCUUAAAUUAUUGACGAUAUUAUUUCUGCUUAUAAAAGUUUUUGAUUGUGUACCGGUUUUGCUAUCUAUCCAUGAAAAUGGAUAAUAAAAAAAUCGCAGCUCCCGAAAGAAUAAAAAGGAAACAAAGGCUCAUCGUUGAACCUUCUAAGAUUGACGACCGGGAACAGAGAAAACACACGCGUUUGAUGGCUACCGAUUUUCAAAAUGACAACGCCAAUGGAAACGAACCGAACAUGCUGACCAUAAAAACCAUCCCAAGGGCAAUAGUGACGACCUCGCAGUUGCAGAGCAAUUCCCAGACCAGUUCGACUACGACGCGUGUCAAAUCUUCGACCUCUUCGACUACGACUUCAACGCAGAGGGUGCACCUAUCCUCUAGCUCCGACUUGAAGGCAUCUAAUAUGAAAUCAGACCUCGUGGACUUCAAGAACAAUUUAAACGACAUGAAAAGCAGUAUUUCCGCAAUCGACAUUAAAAAAUUAAGAAGCUCACUGGAGAACUUGGUAGACAAGGACGACGAUGACAUGACGAAUAUCUCGCAGCCUUUGGUGACUUUCCCUGACGAUACCCCUGUCCCUUCCGAAAUCGGUUCACCAACGAAUACCGUGGAGAGCCUCAAGUUCGAACAGAAGACUACAAAUAAUUUUAAGAAAACAAAAGUAAUUAAAGAUGGAAUCAGCGCGGAGAAGGAAAGUGCAAAAGUUGCCGAAAUGAAGAAGAUUCAAGCGGGCGACAUGACGUACGAGGAAAACAGUGCCGCGGCAGCUACCAAGGCAAGACUGGAGAUGGACGGGAUAUCCGCCGAAAAAAGUCAAAUUAAAGCUAAAGAAGCGAGAUCCCUAAAAGCGGGAGACCUUAGCCAACAAGAAUCUAAGAACCUAGCGCACACAAACAUGAAGCUAACUACGGACAAAUUCAGCACAGAAAAAUCUAACAUCGAAUCUCAGCAACAGAGGCAAACAAUAACGUCCACCGGUAUUUACAACCAAGAAAAGCACAGGUCUUCUAGUCACGCCGUUUACUCCACCUCUAAAGGAAUUACAUCUACAGCCGCUUCUAUGUUAACACAGCAGUUCCAUGAGUUACUUAACGGAUCACAGGAGGAGGAGAUUUUGGCGACCCCUUUAGAUGAUUUGGAUCAAUUAUCGGCAGUUUCCAGUUCAUCAGAAGUUGAACGGGCGAUACACAAAUAUUCGACGUAUCUUGACGCAUCCGUAAAAUGCAUUUUAAAAAUCGAGCAAAAUCCCAAAGCGCCAGACAUCAUAAACAAAAUUAACGAUGUGAUUAAAAAAGCUUGGGCGGUACCAACGUAUGGCCACGAAUUGGGGUAUUCAUUAUGCAAUGCACUCAGAAACUGCGGUGGUUUAGACAUGCUUAUGGGAAACUGUACCAAAGGAGAUAAAGACCUACAGUUCAACAGUGCUAAAUUAUUGGAACAGUGCCUUACAACUGAAAACAGGGCGCAUGUCGUGCAACACGGUUUGGAGAAAGUGGUUAAUGUUGCCUGUGUAUGCACAAAACAUGCAAAUUCGGUUGAACAUUCCAGGGUUGGUACAGGAAUUUUAGAGCACUUGUUCAAACACAGUGAGGAAACAUGUAGUGAUGUCGUCAGGCUAGGAGGCUUGGAUGCUCUAUUAUUUGAAUGCAGAAAAAGUGAUGUAGAGACUUUAAGGCAUUGUGCUGGAGCACUGGCCAACUUAAGUUUAUAUGGUGGUGCGGAAAAUCAAGAAGCAAUGAUCAAAAGAAAAGUACCAAUGUGGUUGUUUCCACUUGCCUUUCAUAAUGAUGAUAAUAUUAAGUAUUAUGCAUGUCUUGCAAUAACUGUUUUGGUAGCCAACGCAGAAAUAGAAGCUGAAGUUAUUCAAUCUGGAACACUUGGCCUAGUUGAACCAUUUGUUACCUCUCACGACCCAUCAGAGUUCGCAAAAUCAAACUUAGCCCACGCCCACGGUCAAAGCAAAACGUGGUUAAAGCAUUUAGUGCCGGUCCUAAGCUCAAAACGAGAAGAAGCCACAAAUCUUGCCGCUUUUCACUUCUGCAUGGAGGCUGGAAUUAAGAAACAACAAGGCAAUACAAAUAUUUUCUCUGAAAUCGGUGCUGUCGAAGCGCUGAAAAAAGUAGCUAGUUGUCCAAAUGCAGUUGCAUCUAAAUAUGCUGCUCAAGCCCUACGCCAUAUCGGAGAGGAAGUGCCUCAUAAAUUAAGCCAACAAGUUCCCCUGUGGUCGACGGAAGAUGUCGAAGAAUGGGUCAAACAAAUUGGAUUCUCAGAUUAUGUUCCUAGUUUUGAAGAAAGUAGAGUUGAUGGAGAUCUUUUACUACAACUUACAGAAGAAAAUUUGCGCGAUGACAUCGGCCUUACAAAUGGGAUCAAAAGAAAAAGAUUCACCAGAGAGUUGCAAAAGUUAAAACGCAUGGCUGAUUAUACAUCCAAAGAUACCGCAAAUAUAAACACUUUUCUACAAACAAUGGGUCCAGAGUUCUCAAUAUACACUUACAGUCUUCUGAAUGCCGGUGUAGAAACCAAAGAUGCACUAAGAAAUAUUUCAGAAGACCAGUUGCUUAAUGAAUGCAAUAUUUUGAACUCAAUACAUAGAUACAGGAUAAUGGAAGGCAUAAGGCAACUUGAGAACAGAAUGGGCGGAGAAAUGAAUGACGAAAAUUCUGACAAAUCCCUAGAUGUUUUUGUUAGUUAUAGAAGGUCAAAUGGUUCCCAAUUGGCCAGUCUGCUCAAAGUCCAUUUGCAGCUUAGGGGAUUCAGUGUAUUCAUAGAUGUAGAAAGGUUGGAGGCAGGAAAAUUUGAUAAUAAUCUUCUGCAAAGCAUACAGAAAGCAAAACAUUUUUUGUUAGUAUUAACACCAAAUGCUUUGGAAAGGUGCAAACAGGAUGUUGAGAGAAAAGACUGGGUGCAUAGGGAAAUUGUGGCAGCUUUGUCAGCAAACUGUAAUAUUAUUCCUAUUAUUGACAACUUUACAUUCCCUGAACCGGAUGAGUUACCUGAAGAUAUGAGACAAGUGUGCCAUUUUAAUGCAGUGCGAUGGAUACACGAUUAUCAAGACGCGUGUGUGGACAAGCUAGAAAGGUUUAUGCGCGGUGAAUUAAAUACACGGUGUAGCGAUGGUAGCCUCAUAAGAACUGGUCUUAAAGGCGACAUUACUCCUGGUACACCAUCCAACCCCAGUAUGGUGCGACAACCGCCAAGCUAUCAAAGAAUGCACAGCAAUGACUCUGGAAGUGGAAAAGGGUCAGACAAAGACGUUAAUGGUAAUUCAGGUUACAAUCGAGAUUGACUAGAUGGACCCCAAGCCUCGGUUCAUGCGCCAACACCUUUGCCUCGUUCCUAAUUUCAGAUACUUCAAAGCAGGAAGCCCGUCCCGCCAUUGGAUCAUAACCCCGAAAUCCUCGAGAGGGUUGCCACCUCAGUAUCCUUAUAGGAGAGGCUCGGUUACACCAAUUUCGUCAUUGGCAAUGAACAAUAGUCCCACAACUCCUAAUAGAUCUCGUAGUUUAGAUGGUCUCAUCGAGUCCGAACCCACAAUUACAGCUCUAGCAGUAACUGAAGAGAUGCAAAAUCCGUCCAGAACCAGUUUCGCCAAGGGAAAUGGUAACAAUACCGAAAAUGACAAAACUGAUGAAGAAGAGACUGAAACUUGCACAACUACUAAGCAACGAUUCCAUAGUAUGGAUGACAUUUUGGAUAAUUCGAUAGACAGUGCUGACUUGGAUAAAACUUCCGUAAAUAGUAAUCAGAGUGAUCCCAAACGAAAAAGGAACUUUAUGGACAGAUGUGUUAACAAAGUGAGAUCGCUAAUCAAAAUAUAAAAGCAAGGCAGUUUAGCGCCAGAUAUUAAUUCAUUUUUAUAGAUAUAGUUAAAGUGAUAUUUGUUUUAAUAACUUAUUUUUGUUGAACGGCAACUAAAUUACUUAGUACAAAACAUUGUGCUCUUUUAUUAUGCAAGAAUGUGUGAUCUUCAUGCAGCCUUUCAAAAACUGUGGUCCAUUUUUAGACACAUUUUUAAAGUAUUUUAUAAGUAGAGUCAAGUUGCUAUACUAUUUGACAUUACUUGUAUGUUUUAUUAUUUUAAUGUGUUUUAACAUAAAGUUUUAUAAUUUUAUUAAUAUAUACUUUUAGGAAUACCAAAGCUUGCUUAAGUUAAUUAAGCAAGGCCAAUAUGUGGUAUAAUUGGCAGUUAAAGAAAUUCAUUUAUCUUAACUAGAAGUCUUUGUGUUAAGUUAUCAAAGCUUAAUUCACCAAUGUUAUUUAUAAAUGUACAAAAGGCUUUAACGCUGCGUUAUGAUAAAUGAAUUUGUGCAUCAUCUGUUUGAUUACUUUUAGCGUAAUCUAUGAUGAUGUGUUUGAAUAUUUAACCUUCUAUUCAUUUCACCUGUAAGAAUAGUAGUAAAUUGUUUUUCUAUUUUAUGUUACAUUUAAAAAUAUAUUUUAUUAAGAUUAACAA